AUGGAAACCAUGCAUGAGCUGAUCCCCUUUGCCAAAGAAAUGCUCAGCCAGAAGCCCAACAGGAAAAUGGUGAAGCUGUACAUGCUGGGCAGCGCGCUGGCGUUCUUUGGUGUGGUCAUUGGUCUGGUGGAGACGGUGUGCAGCCCUUUCACCUCUGAAGGGAGGCUGGAGGAGGAGGAGGAGGAGGAGAAGAAACCUGCCCCAACACAGGAGCAAACGCUUCCUCAGAAACAGGAGGACUUGAUCUUGGAAAAGAGCACGAAGGCGGUGGCGGCACAGAGGGCCCUGGUGACCAGACAUCACGCGUCCUGA